AUGCAGUCCGAAUACGACCUCCUCUUCAAGCUCCUCCUGAUUGGCGACUCGGGCGUCGGAAAGUCGUGCCUCCUGCUCCGGUUCGCAGACGACACCUACACUGAGAGUUACAUCUCGACCAUCGGCGUCGACUUCAAGAUCCGCACCAUCGAGCUCGAGGGCAAGACCGUCAAGCUGCAGAUUUGGGACACGGCCGGCCAGGAGCGCUUCCGCACGAUCACCUCGUCCUACUACCGCGGCGCGCACGGCAUCAUCGUCGUCUACGACGUCACGGACGCCGACACCUUCUCCAACGUCAAGCAGUGGCUGCAAGAGAUUGACCGCUACGCGUGCGAGGGCGUCAACAAGCUCCUCGUCGGCAACAAGUCGGACUUGACGAGCAAGAAGGUCGUCGAGUACAACGUCGCCAAGGAGUUUGCGGAUCAGAUUGGCGUCAGCUUGCUCGAGACGUCGGCCAAGAACGCGACUAAUGUCGAACAGGCGUUCUUGACCAUGGCCAAGCAGAUCAAGGACCGCACUGCAGCAUCCGCACCGGCAGCCGGCGGACCGGGCAAGGCGCCUGUCAAGCUCACGGGCGGCGCGGCCGUCAACCAGCAGCAAGCCGGCGGUUGCUGCUGA